AUGAGUCCAUCGCGCUCGAGUCCACGUAAGCGACCUAAAGAGCGUGGUUCAACGCACAGCAAACGACUGCUUGUGAUUACGCUCCACGGCGCUGUGCAGCCGAGCUGGCUCUCACGGUUUCUGUCGCUGCUCGCUCAAGCCGGAGACGUCGUGCAGCUGCGAGAUCUCUCGUCGUUUACGGUCGGAAACCGAUUCACAGCCACACUGGCUGUUGAAGUGACGCCCACGCAGCUCCGAAAACGUCGAUCUACUGAAACAGGAACAGAAGCUAUGAGCACAGAGUCGACGAGCGGUUCGGCACCGCAGUCGUUUGGAGUUGGAAGCCCUGCUGAACCUGGCGGGACGCUGAGCUCAACUGAGGCACACAUCGAGCACGAAUUCGGCAUCGAGGGGUACCUUCUACGGGAGUUUCUCUUGACAGCCUAUGAGCUGGGCGGGAUCGAGACCGAGUUUGAGGUGCUCGACUCCCUCGAAGCAGAAUCGAAUGCAGCUCUUGAAGGUGACUCCGGUGAGCCGUACACGUUCACCUUUAUAGGCACACCGCGCAUUCCCGCUGAUUUCUUGGCAACAGCAACGCAUGUCCUCGCUGAAAACGGCAUCAAUUUGAAUGCCAUUCAGUCAUUGAACGAGCCAGGGGGCCGCAGUACCUGUUUUCAGGUGAUGGCAGCACUGCGGGGCCCUUUGGCAGACCGCGUUCGCAGCGAACUGCUGCAUUUGGGCAAGGAGUUUCUCGUCGAUAUCGCUUUCGAGCGAGCAGGAGCAUUGCGGACGAAGCGAAUGGUCGUUUUCGAUCUGUCGUGGACACUGGUCCAGGCGGAUAGCUUCGAGCUCCUCUGCCAGGCGGCUGCAGUGGAUGCGGAUGCAGUCGCGGAAGUGCGCCGUUGUCACUCGCUCGGAUCCGAAGACUACUUGCGAGCGUGUGCUGCGCUCCUUCGCGGUCGAUCGAGCACUGGCUUAGCAGAAAGACUACACGCGCUUAUCGAAUAUACCGAUGGAGCCGCUUCGGUCUGUCGCGUACUCAAGAAACUCGGCUACCGAACGGCGGUGCUGUCGUCGGGGCCCUUGCUCUUGGCAGAGCUUGUGAAAGCAGACCUCGGUAUUGAUUUCGUUGCGGCCAAUCGUCUUGAAACGGACAGCAAUGAGCGUUUCACCGGAGCGAUCUUGGAGCCUCUCGUCAACGGAGAGCGGAAAGCAGAGCUGCUGACCAUGCUGGCGAUGCGCGAGCAGCUCAGCCCGGAGCAGAUUAUUGCGGUAGGUGACGGGCCAGUGUCCGCCAAAAUGCUUGACUCGGCGGGUCUAUCCAUCGCCUUUGAACAACCAGGGGCUCGGGAUGGCACCAAUAUUGGCGGCAAGAUUCAGAGCAAGAGUCUCACCUCCAUCUUGUUCCUGUUGGGUAUCCACGAGCGCGAUCUACGGUCAUUUUCAUGA